AGUUCUGUUUUGUGUUGGCUGAAACACAAAUACUGCCCCUCCAAUUGCCACUGCCUCCAUUCCCAUACCUCCCUGCUUCUGCAUCCACCUCCGGCGCCGGCGAUGGACUUGUAGAUUAAGUGAAAUUAUAGAGGUUUUUUUGCACUUCUGCGUUUGAUUGUUCUCCGAAUGCUUCUUAGCUUUUAGUCAAAAGGGGAUAUGGAAAUAUGCAGCAGUCAACGUGGUAGUAGCAUCAUUUGGUUCUUCAGGGAUAGAGGUUUUGAUGAUAAAAGUAUCCAAGAGAUGUUCAAAAAGUGCAAGCGCCUUGAGGGUGUGCAAAGUGACAACGCCUCCCAGAACUGGGCUUACCUCAAAAGCAUUGGCAUUCAUGAGAGAAAGCUCCCAUCUAUUGUUUCAAAGUGUCCCAAGAUACUUGCACUGGGUCUCCAUGAGAAGCUUGUCCCCAUGGUUGAGUGCCUCUCCACGCUCGGUCCAAAACCCCAUGAAGUUGCUGCUGCCAUUGCCAAAUUCCCCCACAUACUCUCCCAUAGUGUGGAAGAGAAGCUCUGUCCACUUUUGGCCUUCUUUCAGGCACUCGGUGUCCCUGAAAAGCAACUUGGCAAGAUGAUAUUACUCAACCCGAGGCUCAUCAGCUACAGCAUCGAAUCAAAGUUGACAGAGAUGGUGGAUUUUCUUGCUACUCUUGGCCUUACCAGAGAUGGGAUGAUUGGCAAAGUUCUAGCAAAAAACCCCUUUAUUAUGGGUUAUAGCGUUGACAAAAGGCUACGCCCUACUUCAGAUUUUUUAAAAUCAGUAGGUCUUACGGAGCACAAUCUUCAAUCAGUGGCAAUGAACUUCCCUGAAGUUCUAUGUAGAGAUGCGAACAAGGUACUGCAACCCAAUUUUGCUUAUUUAAAGAGAUGUGGUUUUGGAGAUCACCAGAUUGCAGUUUUGAUAACUGGUUUUCCUCCCAUUCUGAUCAAGAGCAUCAGGAAUUCUUUAGAACCUCGAAUCAGGUUUCUGGUGGAGGUAAUGGGUAGACAGAUUGAUGAAGUCACUGAUUAUCCUGACUUCUUUCGGCAUGGGUUGAAGAAGAGAUUACAGUUGCGGCACAAACUUUUGAAAGAGAAGAAUAUAGCUUGUAGCUUGAGUGAAAUGCUGGACUGUAAUCAAAAGAAGUUCUUAAUGAAGUUUGGUUUGUUUGAAGGGUAUGCCUAAGGUACUCUUCUUUUUCAUGCAAUUUUCUUAGAAUUUAGGUUAGGUUGCUUUUGUAAUUUAUCUAUUUGUUCUUGGAUGUGGAGUGCAUUUAACUAUUACAAGGUUUUGGGUGCGUCCAUUGAAAGCUUCCGACUUCAGUAACUGAUGAAGUGACUUUCACUCGUUCAAAAAACAUUUUAUGAUAUAUAGGACCAUAGGUGCCCUGGAUCCAUGGGUGACCAACUAAAUGCCGUGGCUACAAGCCUACAACAUUGUUUUUUGAGUCUGAAUAUUUAAGAAUCUGAUCUGGCUUCACUGUA